GUUGCUCCCUGUGAUCGAGCGCGAGUCAUGCUCUUGUGGAGCGCUCAAUGCUCGGGUCUAACUCCGGAUGAAUGCUCGCUCGAGUUUGGCAAAGUUCGUCAUCUGAGUCCACAACAGUUUGUGGAGAAGCUGGCAGUGGAGCUCCGAGUGAAAGGCGUCGUCGCUGGCGAGAACUACCGCUUUGGAUACAAGGCAGCAGGGGACUCAUCAGAGCUCAAGAAACUUUGCAAGGAAUGGGGGCUGGACGUCUUUGUGGUGGAAGCUGUGAUGGACAAGUUCGACCAAGCGCCAUCGUCAGUGCAAGGCGAUGCCAGAGACCGGGGUCAGGUGUCGUCGACCAGGGUAAGAAAAGCUCUAGCUGAUGGUAACAUGAAGAGAGUCACAAACUUGCUCGGGAGGAACCACCGGUUGUUCAUGACACUUGACAAUGCAACGAGGAUACAGAUCGAGAGCGAAGAACAAGACCAUGAAGAACAAAGAGAGAAACGAGUGCUCUACAAGGUACCUCUCUCAGACUCAUGCAACCAGUAUCCAGCACAGGGAUCGUAUCGUUGCAAGGUAGCGUUUCAGGGGCUGGGACAGCAACAACAGACCUGGAAUGGAAAUGGUGGUGCGCUUGAGCGCUCCUGGGAAUGCGAUGUCGAGAUAACAGAGGACGAAGCUAGAAUCUGGGACUUGGAAACGCCAGAGAGCCUGGAACGGCGACAGGGAUUUGUGAGUAUAGAAUUCCGGUAGUAAAGUGACACUCUUACAAACUCUGGCGGUCCAGCGUGGCAGUGGGUUGUCCAGAGUGGCACUUCUAGUGGCACAGAGGCUCCACCAUAUCCAUGCAAACGUUGGCUGGCCCCCAAAA